UUCUUUCUGGGUUUGGAUGGAGAUAGAUGGAUGGAUGAAAUGGGAUAGAGAUAAUGGCCCUUUGCUAGCAGACAUUUCUACCACCAUAUUCCCUUCAUCUUGCUUUCACAGAUUCUUGUUGCAUAGUGUCCAUAUAGUUUUUUUUUUCCUCUAGAUGCUUUCUCUCUCCCUCUCUUUCUUCUCAUAGUGGGAACAUUAUUUACUGCAGCAAUCAUUAAUCUUUCAAACAUAUUAUUACCUCACUUGUCUACAAUACCAAUAGUUGGCUCAUUUCAGAGUCAAACUCUAAAACCCAUAAUCCCACUUCUCCGAGUUAGUUUGAUUUUCAAGAAUUUAAGGCUAACUGACCAUCUUCAAGACAAGUUUUUCUGCUGCAGAUUCUUUGUUGGGGUUAUGCUAUUGUUUUUGCUUUAGAUAUGCUUGUGGGGGUGUUUAUGAUUUGAUUUCUAUUAUUGGGAGAAUCUUUGCUUGGUUAGUUUUGGAGCAUUUCUCCGGCCGAGUUUUUGGUUGGUAGCUAACAGGAUAGAAAUCGAAAUUCUGUUUUGUAUUUGAAAAAAAGUUGGUAUCUUGGUGAUUCCUUGAUUCUUCCUCUGGUGGGGGUGUUUGAGAAUUCCUUAUCUUCCUCAGUUCUUGGUCUUGGAGCUCCAAGUUUGAAGCAAUUCGCUGGAUAAGAUAGCAUCAUUGUCCGUAUUCUCCUACCAUUCUCACUCAUUUUUUUAGGUGGUUUGUUCAUUUGCUUUCUCCAAGAACCAUAGAUGGGAUUUGGUGUUGGUGGAAGUCUAGCUAGGCAUUUUCUGUAGACUUGACGGCAGCGUCGGUGUAAUAAUAUCCAAUAAGAAGGUAAAAACGGAGUAUAGCUGAAUCUGGUACUGUUUGAGAAGUGUUCCUUGUUAUUAUCUUGGUUAGAUGAAUUUACUUCAUGUAAUUGGAUUUGGCUUGAAGGUGGGCCAUCUUCUUUUGUUGCUGUGUUGCUGGUUUCUAUCCCUGAUCUCUUUGAAUUGGCUGAGUAAUGGAGGAAUCAUGACCACCAAGGCUGGUUUGCUUGGUGAUGGAGGGCAAAUAUGGAUGAAGUUGUGGGAUCAGAUCUCAGAUUGUGGUUGUAAGAUCCACCAUCACUAUUCCCACUAUAUUGGCUCCAGGAAAGUGAGGAAAAACUGGUCGAGGAAGGUUUUGAUAGCCUGGAUAGUAUUUUGGAUUAUAGCAGCUUUGUGGGUUUUUUGGUACAUGAGUUCACAAGCUGUGGAGAAGAGGAAAGAGACACUUGCUAGCAUGUGUGACGAGAGGGCCAGGAUGUUGCAAGAUCAGUUUAAUGUUAGCAUGAAUCAUAUCCAGGCAAUGUCUGUGAUGAUUUCAAUCUUCCACCAUGGAAAGAACCCAUCUGCUAUUGAUCAGCGAACUUUUGCGAGGUAUACAGAGAAAACAUCAUUUGAGAGACCUCUUACAAGUGGAGUGGCAUAUGCAGUGAGGGUGCUCCACACCGAAAGAGAGCAAUUUGAGAUUCAACAAGGAUGGACUAUUAAGAGAAUGGAUAAUGUUGAACAAACCCCAGUUCACGAUGAUGAGUAUGAUCCAGCAGACCUCGAGACAUCCCCCGUGCAGGAGGAAUAUGCCCCCGUCAUCUUUGCACAGGAUACUGUUGCUCAUAUAAUAUCUGUUGAUGUGCUGUCAGGAAAGGAAGAUCGUGAGAAUGUAUUGCGUGCAAGAGAAUCAGGAAAAGGUGUCCUAACUGCUCCAUUCAGGUUACUGAAAACAAACCGCCUUGGAGUGAUACUUACUUUUGCUGUCUACAAAAGAGAUCUCUCCCCUAAUGCACCCCCUGCUGAAAGGAUCCAAGCAACUGCUGGGUAUCUUGGUGGUAUAUUCGAUAUUGAAUCACUUGUAGAGAAACUGCUUCAACAGCUUGCUAGCAAACAAGCUAUCCUUGUGAAUGUAUAUGAUACUACCAAUAUCUCCCACCCUAUCAGCAUGUAUGGUUCGAACGACUCAUUUGAUGGGCUGCAUCAUGUCAGUCCUCUUAACUUUGGAGAUCCAUUCAGAAAGCAUGAGAUGCAUUGCCGAUUCAAGCAAAAGCCACCAUGGCCAUGGAUUGCGAUAACUACGUCAGUUGGCAUCCUUAUAAUUUCGUUGCUAGUGGGGCAAAUUUUCCAUGCUACGGUGAACCGAAUAGCCAAAGUUGAGGAUGAUUAUCACGAGAUGAUGGAGCUUAAGAAACGUGCUGAGGCUGCUGAUGUUGCAAAGUCGCGGUUCCUUGCUACUGUUUCCCAUGAAAUCAGAACCCCAAUGAAUGGUGUUCUUGGAAUGCUGCAGAUGCUUAUGGAUACAGAUCUAGAUGAAACUCAACAAGAUUAUGUCAGAACUGCGAGGGAGAGUGGUAAAGCUUUAGUUUCGCUCAUAAAUGAGGUUUUGGACCAAGCGAAGAUUGAAUCUGGUAAACUUGAGCUCGAAGCUGUUAGCUUUGAUUUGAGGGCAAUUCUUGAUGAUGUUUUAUCAUUGUUUUCUGGAAAAUCACAAGACAAAAAAGUGGAGUUGGCAGUUUAUGUCUCUAGUAAAGUCCCUGCUACACUGGUUGGUGACCCCGGAAGAUUUCGGCAGAUUGUUACCAAUCUGGUGGGCAACUCAAUCAAAUUCACAGAUAAAGGACACAUAUUCGUGACUGUUCAUCUCGUUGAAGAAGUGGUGGAACUGGAAGACCCAACUAGCUCUUUAAGUGGGUUGCCUGUAGUUGAUAGAAGGCGAAGCUGGGCCGGAUUUAGAACUUUCAAUCAAGAGGCAUCCACCCCUUCUUCAGUGUCGUCCUCAGCUGACCAAAUCAAUAUAAUUGUAUCAGUUGAGGACACAGGUCAAGGCAUCCCACUAGAAGCUCAAUCCCGUGUUUUCAACCCCUUCAUGCAAGUCGGCCCCUCCAUCACCCGAACUCAUGGUGGCACUGGUAUUGGUUUAAGCAUUAGCAAGUGCUUGGUCCACCUCAUGAAAGGUGAAAUCGGGGUGGCAAGUUUGCCACAGAUUGGAUCUACCUUCAGUUUCACUGCUGUUUUCACUAAUGGCUGCUCCAAUUUCAACGACCAGAUUAGUCAGCAAGUCAAUGAUCAAUCCAACUCUGUUUCUUCCGAAUUCCAGGGAAUGAGAGCUCUGCUUGUGGACCCCAGACCUGCCCGUGCUAAGGUCUCCAAAUAUCACAUCCAGAGACUUGGAAUCCACGUUGAAGUGGUUCCUGAUUUGAGCUUUGGUGUCUCUAGCUUAGUCCCCAGAAAUGCACCUAUAAACAUGGUUUUUAUUGAAGAAGAAAUCUGGGAAAAGGAUCUAGGCAUGUCCGUUCUAUUGUUGAACAAUUUAAGAACGGAUUACAGGGUCUCUAUUAAAACGUUGCUUCUAUCCAAUUCUACAAGUGCUGUCCGGUCUGGUUUUUCAGCUCCUGAUGUUCCAACUCCGUUUGUUGUCAUGAAACCACUGAGAGCAAGUAUGCUUGCUGCAUCCCUACAGCGUGCCAUGGGUGUUGGGAGCCGAGGAAACUAUCGCAACGGAGAGAUUCAUACUUCAUUGUCCCUCAGCAAUCUUAUUCAUGGUAGAAAAAUUUUAGUCGUAGAUGACAAUCCCGUGAACCUCAGGGUGGCUGCUGGUGCUCUGAAAAAGUAUGGUGCUGAUGUGGUCCAUGCCGACAGGGGGAAAGACGCCAUCUCCUUGCUAACUCCACCACAUCCUUUUGAUGCUUGUUUCAUGGAUAUUCAGAUGCCAGAAAUGGACGGGUUUGAAGCUACAAGGAGAAUUAGGGACAUUGAAGCCAGCAUCAAUAACGGUAUCCAGGGUGGGGAACUCUCUGCGGAAACUUAUGGAAAUGUGUCAAACUGGCAUGUGCCUAUUUUGGCCAUGACUGCUGACGUGAUCCAGGCAACAAAUGAAGAAUGCUCGAAAUGCGGGAUGGAUGGUUAUGUGUCGAAACCAUUUGAAGCUGAGCAACUUUAUCGGGAGGUUUCACGUUUCUUUCAAACAGUGUCAGAUGAGAAUCAGUAGAAGAACAUUGUGGUUGAUGCCAGGAAAAGGCCUGUUCUUUGAUGCACCACACCACAGAGUCUUUAAAUGGGUUGUGGAUAUUUCCAAAUUGAAAGUGUUUUACUUCUUCUUCAGUGGAAAGGAGAAUGAUGUAUAUAUAAAGUUGAGAAGAUUCUUUGUGGACACUGUACAAGAUUGGUGUAGCAUUAAGUCUGUUUUUUCUCGGGAGAGUGUGCAGUCAGGUGUAGUUUAGAUUGGAUUCGAUUGGACCCUGUUUGAAGUGAAGACAAGCUUCAUUACUUGAAGCAAGAGAUGGAGAGACGAUAUUUAGCAGCGAAGUCAUAGGCGGGGGCGGGUUGGAGUUUGAUUUGUACGUAUGAUAGGAAUUAGAUUAGAUUAGAUUAGAAUAUUACAUGAUGAUGCACACAAUGGAAAACCAAUGUAGCAUGUAGAAAAUGUAUGAUAGUAUAUAUAUAUAUAUAUACAUAUAUGUUUUGGAGGUUGAAUAAAAAAAAGUUGAUGAGGGUGGUACUGCAACUGCUGCUCAUUAUUAUUAUUAUUAUUCCAA